GGAUGGCUUCCAGCUUGAAGAAGCCAAGUGCGGCCUCUACCAGCCAGAAAAAAAAGGUGGGUCCUAAGCCUGAACUCACUGAAGAUCAGAAGCAAGAAGUUCGUGAAGCAUUUGACCUCUUCGAUGCAGAUGGAAGUGGGACCAUCGAUGUGAAGGAGCUGAAGGUGGCCAUGAGAGCGCUGGGCUUUGAACCCAGGAAGGAAGAGAUGAAGAAGAUGAUCUCCGAGGUGGACAAGGAAGGCACGGGGAGAAUCAGCUUCAAUGACUUCUUGGCCGUGAUGACUCAAAAGAUGGCCGAGAAAGACACCAAAGAAGAAAUUCUGAAGGCUUUCAGGCUCUUCGAUGACGAUGAGACUGGGAAGAUCUCUUUCAAAAACCUAAAGCGUGUGGCCAACGAGUUGGGGGAAAACCUCACUGAUGAGGAGCUGCAGGAAAUGAUCGAUGAAGCGGACCGGGAUGGAGAUGGCGAAGUGAAUGAGGAAGAGUUUCUUCGCAUCAUGAAAAAGACCAACCUCUAUUAA